CCCACCGCACCCAUCUCCAAGCACGAGCUGCAUCUCCUAGCACUAGCAGGCCCCAUCGCCGUCGUCGCCGCCGCCGCCGCCGCUGGUCCUCGCCGAGGAGAAGGCGUCAGGUCGAUCUCCGCGAGGACUCCCUCUCUCGCACGAAUGUGCAUUCUUCUUCUGAUGCUAUUUUUUCUGCAACAUUCCUCUGGAGCAGUUCUCCCUUGAAUCUGGAUCAGCAGCUUGAACUAGAGUGAGCUCAUGGAAGCUGAAAGAAGCCAGCUUAGUCCAAUCGACCCAAGAAGAGCUCGGUUUCCUUGUUGCAUAGUGUGGACUCCCAUACCCUUCAUCACAUGGCUGAUGCCAUUUAUCGGUCACAUUGGCAUUUGCAGAGAAGAUGGUGUAAUCUUGGACUUUGCCGGUCCAAAUUUCGUGUCAGUUGACAACUUUGCCUUUGGAGCUGUUACACGCUAUAUCCAAUUAAAUGGUGAUGAGUGCUAUAAACUUCUCGACACCGGCGCAGAGACGACAUGGGAUGGUGCUCUGAGGAAAGGCGUGCAGGAGUUUCAGAACAGGAACUACAACCUGUUCACCUGCAACUGUCACUCCUUCGUCGCCAACAACCUGAACCGGCUCUUCUACGCCGGCCACGACAAGUGGAACGUGGUGAGCUUGGCCGCGGUGAUGUUCCUACGGGGCCGCUGGGUGAGCGCGGGGGCCGCGGUGAAGACCCUGGCGCCAUUCGUUGUGGUGCUUGCCCUUGGGGUUCUCCUCGGCGGCACGACGUUCUUGCUCGGCCUCCUCGCCUUCGCCGCCGUCAUGACCGGGUGGUUCCUCGUGGGCACCUACUGCAUCAAGGGCCUUGUGGAGCUGUAGCUGCAGCACACCGGGCUUGAGUUUGGAUUGGGGACUUGGGGGGUCUCCUUGUGAUUCCUUGUGCCUUCUUGUAACCUUGUCUUUAACUUGUGCAUCUUCUCAUAACCUUGUACAUCUAACAGUAAUCGUGCUGCAAUUAAUGUUGAUUCCAAGAUUAAUUGCAAUUAAUGUAAUUGAUGUUGUUUCCAAAUCA